CCACCACCACCACCACUCGCAGCCGUUUCCACUUCACCAUUCACCAACGCAAACGCAAACGCAACGCAGCGGCGGUAGACGAAGCAGCAGCAGGUAGCGGUUCUUGGUCGGUUCGCCAUGGCAGCGGCGGCGGCGAGGUACGACGUGGAGAAGGGAGGGAGGAAGAGGGAGGGGGAGGAGGAGAGGUGCGGUUCGCCGGCGGCGGUGGCGCAGUACCCGCAGCGGGAGGGGGAGAGGGAGUGGGUGCCGUGGCUCGUCCCGGCCAUCCUCGUCGCCAACGUCGUCGUCUUCGCCGUUGCCAUGUACGUCAACAACUGCCCCUCCCACGCCUCUCGCGGCGGCGCGUGCGUCGCCGGAUUCCUCCGCCGCUUCUCCUUCCAGCCUCUCUCCGAGAACCCGCUCCUCGGCCCCUCCUCCGCCACAUUGCAGAAGAUGGGAGCACUGGUAUGGGACAAGGUUGUUCAUGAGCAUCAGGGAUGGAGGCUAGUGACCUGCAUCUGGCUGCACGCCGGUGUUGUUCAUCUGCUUGCCAACAUGCUAAGCCUCGUGCUCAUCGGACUCAGGCUCGAGCAGCAGUUUGGAUACAUGAGAAUUGGCAUCAUCUACCUUGUUUCUGGCAUUGGAGGCAGCGUUCUUUCAUCGCUGUUCAUCAGAAACAGCAUCUCCGUCGGUGCUUCUGGCGCUCUCUUUGGUCUUCUUGGAGCCAUGCUGUCGGAGCUUUUCACCAACUGGACCAUAUACACGAACAAGGCUGCAGCUCUAGUGACGCUCUUGAUCGUCAUCGCGAUCAACCUCGCCAUCGGCAUCCUCCCUCACGUCGACAACUUCGCCCACAUCGGAGGGUUCUUGACUGGGUUCCUCCUCGGAUUCAUCUUCCUGAUGCGCCCACACUACGGAUGGAUGCAGCGAUAUGUCCUGCCUUCCUCUGUCAAGUACACCUCCAAGAAGUACCUGGCUUAUCAAUGGAUCUUGCUGGCCGUGGCCUCGGUCCUAGCUGUCAUCGGAUUCGCCGUUGGGCUGUCGAUGCUCUUCAGAGGGGUGAAUGCUAAUGAACGCUGCCAUUGGUGCCACUACCUGAGCUGCAUUCCUACCUCGAGAUGGACCUGCGGGAACUGAAGAUUUAGUAGAAACGCAACAAACUGAAGACAUUAAGGAGAUUUAUUGAAAGUGUUUGAUGCACAGACAUACAAUUUUACUGUAUAUAACUUAUACAGACAUACCCUCCCAGGGGUUUAGUCAGUUCACUUGAUUGAUUCAUUCUGUUCGUUUGUCUGAAUUAUUUGGAAUAGAAACAUCUUCUCCUUGCUCGCAUAGGAGUGAUUA